ACACACUCAAUCGUGAUAACCAUACACACACAUACACACACACACAUAUAAGACGAGAGCGACAACUUAACUGGCGCGCUUUAUUUUCGAAAUAUUUUCGCUCCCGAUCAUUUUUAAAUUUUUUUAAAAAAUACCCGCAAGUAUUUAGGUGAAACUAAGGCUGAUUGUGUACAUUGUGAAAAGUUGUGAUAAACUAUAUAUUUUAGUGAAAAUGUUGCUUGAAUAAUAGUGUCGAGUAUAAUAGCUUAGGACAAUUAUAACAAGAACCCCCCCAAUAUGGUUUAUUCACCAGUAAGCUCUCACUUCAAUAUUACCAAAAGGACUUAUGACCUAAAAAAACUAGUGAAAUUCUUCCUUAUAUUCGCUUUUCUACCCUUCACGAUAGAAUCGGCAAAAUCUUACAACCAAAUCAAAAAGUCCGGAUUUAACUUGGACGACCCCAUUUCGGAAGACUAUAGCUCUUUAGCUGCCUCACCACCAACUAGUUGUGGCUUAUGUAAAAGAAGAGAAGAAAUGAAAUUACGGAAUCUCGCUAUUAUAAAACAGGAAAUUUUAAAUCGGUUGAGGCUUAGCCAUCCCCCUAAUAUUACCGGAAAGGUAUUUCCUCGGGUACCGUCAUAUUUAUUAGAUCAAUUUCCAGAGGAGCCUUUACAGAGCGAUGAGCCUUACAAGACUGGGGUUAGUUAUACGGAGGAGGAUGACGACUUUCAUGUGAGAACACAAAAAGUCCUUACAUGGGCUGAAAGUUAUCCAAGACUACGGCACAGUUGGAGAGUGAACGACAUUCUUCACUUUCCGUUCACGGAAAGCAUCACAAAAUUUCAUGUGGCCAACGCUACAUUAAAUUUUUUCAUUCGAGGUGUUUCCAGGCCUCAAAACGACGUCAUCAUAGAAAUUUACAAAGUCUACAAAAUCGGUGAUCAUUCAGAACCACCGGUGAUGGUUAAAUUGCAUAGUUGGAAAGAGCCUCAGCCAGGAAGUAGAGGGAAGUGGAUCCAGACUGAUUUUACGGAAACUGUUGGAGAAUGGUUUAAGAACCCGAAAGAUAAUUAUGGAUUUGUUAUUAAUGCUACGGUAAAUGGAAAGAAAGUGGCGGUUACGGAUGUUAGUGCAGAAAAAUCUAAGGCACCUUUCGUCGAAACCUCAGUAACAGAACCAAAAAAACGAAAACGAAGAAACUCCGGCCUAAACUGUGAUGAGAAAGCCAACGAACCUCUAUGUUGCAGAUACAGUUUUAUCGUGGAUUUUGUUGAAAUCGGACUGGAUUUCAUCAUAGCCCCCAAGCGGUAUGACGCGCACAUGUGCUCGGGAGAAUGUCCAUACGUGACUUUACAAAAGUACCCCCACACCCACUUACUGAAAAUGUCACAGCCCAAUACGGCGGCGCCUUGUUGUGCCCCUAGAAAAAUGUCUUCUAUAUCAAUGUUAUAUUUUGAUGCGGCAAUGAAUGUGGUAGUUGGUAGUUUACCUGGAAUGGUAGUUGAUAGAUGUGGGUGUUCAUAAUAGAAUGACACCAGCUGUAGGCAAGAAUUUUUAUGAAAUUGUUUUUUUUAGUCGCUAAGUUUUAGAAUUUGGCGGCUGUAGUAUUAAUAGAUGGGGCCAAAGAUGAUAUCGUACAAAAAUAGAACUAUUGUGGUGGCCUAAGUCUUUGAGUAUCAUAAAAAUGAUAAGCAUACUAUAAAAUAUUUCUGGUGGAUCUAAGAGAAUAUAAUGCUUAAAAGCACCAAUUCUUUAAUGGUUGUGCUUAAUGAAUAUGAAAUACUAGAAAAUCUAAAUGCUUUUUAGGUCAGAAGUUAAAUUCGAAACUUAUUGUGAAAAUUUGUUUCCAUCUUAGGAGUUUUCCUCUCAUUGCAUGAUAUUUAUGGUAGAAAUUUUAUUAUUUUAGCUGAAUAGCACAGUUAAAAUAGCUUUAUUAUUAACUUAAUAUUCAUGUAUUUCUGUGUAAAAGUAAAUGUUGCCUUAAUGAAUUAUUUUAAUUGCAAACACCUUGUAACGGCCUUAAACAGGCCUAAUCAUAUACAUGGUAUAUUAAAUUCAUAUUAAGCAAGUCACUAAAAUCAAGAUUUAAGCCAUAAAAACUAAAAAAUUAUAAAUACAUAUAGAUUAAUAACAUAAAAAGUAAUCGAAACUUUGAAAAUGUUAGAUAGCUUGGCAACAUCGCACUAAACUUAUCAAAACAAAAUCGCAAAGCAGAUGCUACAUAGGCAUGUUUAAUCCAGUGGUAUGGAACAAUAUCCUCACACUAUCAGAAGCAUAGUUCCCUUUAAAUAAUACUGUAAAUCUGAUAAGUUUUCUAAAAACAAUAAAAUUGCAAUUUUUUUAAUUAUGAUGUUACACAUUUAGCCCCAUCUAUUUAUAUUUGGACAGAAGCCUAAAUGUAUUAGGCUAAUGAGUGAGUGAGCUUGAACUGGUGUGAUAUUUGUGGGCCAUUUGAUUUUAUAAGUUAUUCAUUAUUGGCAUUAUUUAUUUUAUUGUAUAUUUAUGUUUUCCGUUAAUCUAUGUGCCAUUUUUAUACUCUUUGGAAUUCUUCACCUAUAAAUUGUUUCUUGAAUCCUAAAACAUAACCUGGAAUUUCUGAAGUGUAUGUAAUAUUGUAAAAAAAAUCAUGAAACUAAGAAUGUAUUUUGAAGCAUCAGAAGAAAGAGAGGGAAGGGAGUGUGUUUGGCUCGUAGGACCGCGAAAAAGUAUUCAAAAAACAGGUAUACCCUUUUUUACUUAAUUUUUUAUUGUAAUCUUAAGUUUUAGAUAAUAAUUAGGUACUUUGUAAAAAUGUGAUAUAUUUAGACAUAAGGGCCUAUAAAUGAGCAGAUUUUAUCUAAAAAAUACCUUAGAAAAUCAGAUUUGUAUAUUUCUUUUAAAAAACUCUAUAACAUAAUUAUACGACAUGGUAAACCUUGUUUAAAGGCAUAUUAUUCUAUUAAAUAAUAUUUAUUAUUUAUUUUUGUACUAAGAUAAAUAAGAAAAACGAUGAAAAAAAUUAGUUCGCACCAAUUUUCUUUGUGGUGAAAACGAGAUGGAAAAGGAAAGGGGAACAUUAUAUUUUUUGAUAAAUUUGUAAAAUCUUUUUAAACUCUAAUUUUUGUCAAAGAAAUACGUACAAAAGUAGCUUAAAGUAACCGACAAAAAAUUGUUUACAAAAAUUUUGUGAUAUGCUGCCUUAGAUAUUAUUUUUAAGGGGGAGCGGGAAUGUGAUAAAAAAAAUUCAAAAUUUAUACUAAAGAUUUAAAAGAAAUACAAUAUCAUGAGAUGUAAUUAUUGUAAAUUGUAUAGUAAAUAAGACUGUAAAAAUUGUGUCUUUCUCUUAUAGAGGUUUGCUAUAGGUAAUUAUUAAAAAAUAAUUUCUUGAUCUUUACCUUUGGCUCUCCCUGUAUUCGUAUGUAUAGUUCAUAAAUAGAUCUCUAAAACUAGGAUAUUACCAUUUUUUUUUGUAAAUUUUAGGUUUAAUUUGUUUAUUUUUGUAGCAGAGGGCAAACU